CGGGCAGGGAGCGCGAUCGCCGCCGAGGCCGAGGCCGAGCACAGCGGGCGGCCGGCCUCUCCGCGCCGCCCUUCCCGGGGCGCCCCGGCCUCCGAGAGUUGCCCGCCGGGCGGGGCCGGCCGUGAUGCGCCGCGGGACCCGCGUCCUGGCCGCCGGCCGCCGCCGCCGCCGCCGCUGAGCCCCCGGCCCCGCGCGCCGCAGCCAUGGAGAGCGGCCCACCUGCGGAGCCGCGUGCCGGCGCACCCCCAGCGGUGGCAGCCAGGACCCCCCCAGAGCCCAGACCUUCUCCAGAAGGGGACCCCUCCCCGCCGCCGCCACCACCACCUCCGAUGUCAGCCCUGGUCCCUGACACUCCCCCAGACACCCCUCCAGCCAUGAAGAAUGCCUCUAGUUCUAAGCAGCUCCCGCUGGAACCAGAGAGCCCCCCAAGGCCCGUUGGGCCUGGAUCAGCCUCCCAGCAGGAAGAGUCCCCUUUCUCAGAAGGGAAGAUCAGGGGACCCACCCCACCAGCCACAGGCCCACGGGAUGCCAGGCCUCCCCGAAGGAGCAGCCAACCAGCCCCGACAGUGAUGCAAGCGUCAGACAGCCCUCCCACCAAGCAAGAUGUAAAGAAAGCAGGAGAGAGACACAAGCUGGCAAAGGAGCGGCGAGAAGAACGAGCCAAGUACCUGGCGGCCAAGAAAGCUGUGUGGCUGGAGAAGGAGGAGAAGGCCAAGGCGCUGCGGGAGAAGCAGCUGCAGGAGCGCCGGCGGCGGCUGGAGGAGCAGAGGCUUAAGGCAGAGCAGCGCCGGGCGGCCCUGGAGGAGCGACAGCGGCAGAAGCUGGAGAAGAACAAGGAGCGCUAUGAAGCCGCCAUCCAGCGGUCAGUGAAGAAGACGUGGGCCGAAAUCCGGCAGCAGCGCUGGUCCUGGGCAGGAGCCCUGCACCACGGCUCCCCCGGACGUAAGACCAGUGGGAGCAGGUGCUCCGUGUCGGCAGUAAACCUGCCUAAACACGUGGACUCUAUAAUCAACAAGCGGCUCUCAAAGUCCUCUGCCACGCUCUGGAACUCCCCCAGUAGAAAUCGCAGCCUGCAGCUGAGCGCGUGGGAGAGCAGCAUCGUGGACCGGCUGAUGACACCCACCCUCUCCUUCCUGGCACGGAGUCGUAGUGCGGUCACGCUGCCCCGCAACGGCCGGGACCAGGGUAGGGGCAGCGGCCCUGGGAGAGCCCCCACGCGGGGCGGGACAGGGGCCAGCCUCGCUCGCGGGCCGCACCCCGACCGCACUCAUCCCUCUGCAGCCGUGCCCGUGUGCCCGCGCUCGGCCUCCGCCAGCCCCCUGACGCCGCCGAGCAGCGCACCCCGAACCGCGCACCGCUGUGGCCCCACCGGGGAGCGUGGGGAGCGCCGCAAGCCCAGCACAGGGGGCAGCCCCGCCGUGGCCCGCCGCCGGCCUGAGGCCUCCCCGGUGCAGAAAAAGGAGAAGAAGGACAAGGAGCGGGAAAAUGAGAAGGAGAAGAGUGCCCUGGCCCGGGAGCGCAGCCUCAAGAAGCGCCAGUCACUGCCCGCCUCUCCGCGCCCGCGCCUAUCCGUGGGCAACGCCGCCGAGCUCAGUCCCAAAGCCAAGGCCCGGCCAUCCUCUCCCUCCACGUCCUGGCACAGGCCUGCCUCUCCCUGCCCCAGCCCAGGGCCUGGCCACGCUCUACCCCCCAAACCGCCAUCUCCUCGGGGCACCACUGUGUCACCCAAGGGGCGGGUGCGGAGGAAGGACGAGGCCAAGGAGAGCCUCAGUGCCCCAGGCGUGGUGGACAAGAACCAGAGCAAGAGCAAGAGCAGUGAGGAGAAGGAGCCAGCAGCCCCGGCCUCGCCAGCACCCUCGCCAGUGCCCUCGCCCACGCCCGCUCAGCCCCAGAAGGAGCAGCCCACGGCCAUCCCUGCAGACACUGCGGUCCUGACCUCGCCCCCAGCCCCUGCGCCCCCCACAACUCCCAGCAAGCCCAUGGCGGGCACCACCGACCGAGAGGAGGCCACUCGGCUCCUGGCCGAGAAGCGGCGCCAAGCCCGGGAGCAGCGUGAGCGCGAGGAGCAGGAGCGGAGGCUGCAAGCGGAGCGGGACAAGCGCUUGCGAGAGGAGCAGCUGGCGCGGGAGGCCGAGGCUCGGGCCGAGAGGGAGGCGGAGGCCCGGCGGCGGGAGGAGCAGGAGGCCCGCGAGAAGGCGCAGGCAGAGCAAGAGGAGCAGGAGCGGCUGCAGAAGCAGAAAGAAGAGGCCGAAGCUCGGUCCCGGGAGGAAGCGGAGAGGCAGCGCCUGGAGCGGGAAAAGCACUUCCAGCGGGAGGAGCAGGAGCGGCAGGAGCGCAAAAAGCGCCUGGAGGAGAUCAUGAAGAGGACUCGCAAGUCAGAGGCUGCUGAAACCAAGAAGCCGGACAGAAAGGAGACAACGAAAGCUAACAACUUCGGCCCAGACCCUGUGAAAGCCAGGGAGGUUCGGCCCUUGGGGCUACAGAAGGAGGCAGUGCAGAAAGAGGACCCGGCCGCCCAGGAGCCUCAGUGGAGCCUGCCCAGCAAGGAGCCGCCAGGGUCCCUGGUGAAUGGCCUGCAGCCUCUCCCUGCACACCAGGAGAAUGGCUUCUCCCCUAAGGGGCCCUCUGGGGACAAGAGUCUGGGCCGAACGCCAGAGGCACUCCUGCCCUUCGCAGAGGCAGAGGCCUUCCUCAAGAAAGCUGUGGUGCAACCCCCACAGGUCACAGAAGUCCUUUAAGGGGUGGCCUUGGAUCCAGGCGCAGCUAUGAGGGCUCCUCUGCAUCAUCCACCAGGAUGCCUGGAAGAGAAAGAGACGGAUCGAAGCCGGAAGUGGCCUGGGCCCCCGGGGGUGGGUCCUCUUGUUAUUUUUACUCUGCACCUUAUAGACUGACGUCUCUUGGGCCGGAGCCAGACCCCGCCCCUCAGUGCAUUCGUGUGCUCACGCGCGUGGCCACCCCGCUCCCCACACACACAUACACUCACAGCCUCUCUGGCCUCCUCCCUCGGGGGGGGGGGCGCCUGUAGUAUCUGCCUUGGUUUGGUGGGGUACAGUGGAUGUGAAUACUGUAAAUAGCUCGUGCUCAGACCCCUCUGCGUGGAGGGGGCGGGUGCAGGAGGCAGACCCUCCCGAGACUCCCUGGGGUGAUCUUCCUCUCUCUAUUUAACUGUAACUGAGGGGGCACCCAGGUCCGGGGGUGGGGGGCACCUUGGGCCACAGGAGACUGGUUGCUUUCGGGGUACCCACGCCCCCUGCCCUCGCCUAGAAUCAGUGUUACUGCGUCUGAUCAAAUGUCUCCAGAAAUAAAGUGAGGAUAACUCUG